CUUAUCAGUUAUCACUUUGCCACACGUUGUAGUGUGAAUGCGUCUUUAUUAAACAGUGGUAGAAUUUACCUGUGUCACAGUCAGAUCUCAACAAGCUAAUAGGUCUCCACACACUAUUUUGAGCCCUUGGUAAUUAAUAAAUUAGUGACGCUAACCUUUACCAAUGAAUUACCUCCAAACAAUUGUUAUAUAUUGUAUGCAUAAUUGUAGAUCGUCCCUUUAACGAGAUGUUUGACCAGAUCUGGUACAGCGGUAGCCUACUUUCUGGAUCACAAUAAGCGAACUGUGAUUGGCCGUUGUUAAACGUACGUGUACAACCCACAGUAACAGGUAGGUGCACUCUGUGUCUCGCACUGAUCAGUUAUCAGCCCUCGCCUUUCAACUCCAGCUGAAGCAACAAAACUGCAACACGGCUACAGGUGUCCCGUUUCUCCAGGGCAAUCAUCCGUCAUUUUACAGUAGCACACAGUAUAAUCUCAACUGACAAACUCUGACUGCUCUUCACUAUUUUCAGGCAAAAACAAACAUGAAAUCCAAAAGAAAAGCUUCUAAGCGCAACCGCAAAACUUCCGUGGAGAAUGACCAGGAGUUCCAGCUGGAGAUGGAACCCGCGUCCAGUGACCACGAGGGCUCGGAAAAGUCCCUGAACCUCGGGGGGAAAAGCAGAAAGAAAAGCAUCGACAACGGCAUGGCCUCGAGCGCCAACAGAAGGAAGCAGUACCCGGGUGUCAAGGGUGGAAACGUCAGGAGGUUGGAAAGCAACGAAAGGGAACGGCAGAGGAUGCACAAACUGAACAACGCUUUUCAGGCGCUGAGGGAGGCAAUACCACACGUCAAGACAGAGAAAACGCUAUCGAAAAUUGAGACCCUCACCUUAGCCAACAACUACAUCAAAUCCCUCACUGCCAUUAUUUUGGGUAUGUCAAGCGGGUGCUUGCCGCACGCAGAGGGCGAAGAGUCGUCAAACACAUCUAAACUGUUUCAGCACUACCAGCAGCAACUUGAAGAGGAGGACGAUGGGAGCUUAUCAAAUUACCUUACACAGAUCCACAGCUUCAGAGAAGGUAGUUAAAGACAGAUGUGCUUUUUGUGCCAACCUUGGGAAGGUAUCUUUCAGCAAUUACUUCUUUAGGAUAUGAAGACUUUCUGCAGCCUUAUCACAAUGGGAACAAAGCCCUCCUGCACCCAAGGUCACAGUUAUAUUUGUAUGUACUGUAUAUUAAAGUUCUGAUAUAAAACCAUGAAACAAUGGUAUCUUAAGAUGCUGUAUCUUCAGAUAGACCCAUUCAGAAACACAUUCAAUUAUGAAUUGCUUGGUAGAUUUUGGAACUGUGACAGGUUGUUAUAUUAAAGGUGAUAUUGGAUGGCCCUGAAUAACCUGCUUCACCAUGAUCCUAUAGUUGAAACCUGCAGAUAAUUACAGAGACGCCAGUUGAAUAACACAUAAACAAUUACUUUAUAUAGGUUAAGAUUACUGAAACUGAUGAAAUAGUAGAAAAUAAUUAGACACUGUUUAAGUAUUUUCGUGCUAAAAAUGUUAGUUUUGUUGCAUGUUGCCCUCCAAAUACUGUGCCAUAUCAUGGUGCUCCAUGAGCCAAGUAUGCAUUAUACAGCCCCGCUGAAGUAUAAUAGUGAUGCCAAUAAAUGAUGCUGUAAUCUAAUUUCUGUGAUUCACUGGCCAUGCCACCUUUUAGAAUAAAUGCAACACCCACCAGUUUAUAUUUUCAAAAUGGGCAAUAGCAGCCUCUGCUAAAUAAAAAAAGGGGUUAAGAUUAACACAACAUGUGUCUAAAUGUGGACAAUAAACUUUAGUGCAGUAUUGCAUUGUGAAGAUCUUGAGUUCAUUUAUAUUAUGAAAUAUGUUAUUGGAUUUGCUAUGUUUGUGCUGUUAUCAGAAUCUAAAGGCAUAGAAAUUACAGCAUAACAAGCAUACUUAGGGGCUGAGUAGCCUGUACCCUGCCAGGAUAUACCACAGCUGGAUCAUUUUAGAUUAUUUUACAGCACUGGGAAUAACCAUGGAUGAAUUCCAGCUGUGGCUUAUUUGCAUGGGCAGAUCAGAUUACUCCUUUAUAUUUUUAAUGCAAAAUGAAUAAUUGAAAAGUUGAAAAGUUAGCCGUGGUUGCAUUUUAGUUGUUCUGCUGCCAGGGUCACAGUGUAACUGAUGGCCAAUAAAGUUCAGAUUUAAAUCCUGUUGUCUUUCGAUGUGUUAUUUUGUGUCUCCAAAAUUCCCAGGAGAGCUGUUCUUUGACAAACAAUUGCAAAAUACAGGGAAGGAUGCUGUCAAACUAAGUUUCAUUAUUAUGAGAUUUUCCAGCUCUGUUAUCCACCUUAAAAAAAAUGUAACAGUGGUUCUUAAAAUGACAAAUUAGUGUGGACAAUGAGCAAGUAAAUAUAUUAUACCCCAGACUAUUCAAACCAAUUUGCUUAAUCCGAAAGUCUUUGUUUGCUUCUCUGAUGUUAUAAACCUAGAACCACUGUAUAACCCCAGACAGGAACUUCAUGUGUAUUUAUAAGCAGUAAAUUGAAUACAGAAUUUAGUGUGGCUGGUUACAGCUAUAGCAUCGAAAGGGCAAGGUGCUGAUGUUAGGUAAACAGCUAUAAAAUAACACAGUUAGGUUUUGAAAGUUCUGUAUAUACAUAGAGGUAGAACAGAAGUUCAGAGAUACACAUAUGCAAAGUAUCUGAAAGGUUUUAGCAUAUACAUUACUGGAAACUACUGCAUUGUGAUAAAUUAUAUAUAUUUUCAGAAUUUACCUUUAUUUUUUAAGGCUGACUUUUUUAAAUACAGAAAUGACAUAUUCUGUUGUCGACUGUGUG